AUCAAACUUCUUUGAGCAGCAGCUCGAGAAACGGGAGAAGCGCGCGCGCGGAGUAACAGGGACCGGCGCACGCGCCUUUCAGACACCGGCGGAGUAACGGAGCAAAGCCGCUCUAACUGUGAUUUCUUUCCAGAGGAGUGGAGCGUCUGUCUCUCACCACGAUGAAUAUAGGCUUCAGCAGGAGGAAAGGUACGAGACGUGACAGCACUGCUCCGUCAGCUGUCCGAUCCUAACGGUUUGACCGAUAACUCCGAGCCGUCGUUAAUCCCAGAGUGUUAGUGCUUUCGCAGCAGAGAAACCCAGCAUGCACAGCCCUGAAGCUCUGGUGAAGAAUCACGUAGCCUACAGUGCUAAGUUUUUGGGAAUCACACCGGUCGAGCAACCGAAAGGCACAGACGUCGUUCGGUUGGCUGUGCGAAAACUUAAGUUUCAAAGGCAUAUCAAAAAGUCAGAGGGGGCGAAAAUUCCCAAAGUUGAGCUACAAAUCUCCAUAUACGGAGUGAGAAUAGUGGAUCCAAAAACAAAGGAAGUGCAGCACAACUGCCAGCUGCACAGGAUGUCCUUCUGCGCCGACGAUAAAACGGACAAACGAAUCUUCGCCUACAUUUGCACCGAGCCCGACACCAAGAGGCACAUGUGCUACGUGUUCGACAGCGAGAAAUGUGCAGAAGAGAUCACCGUCGCUAUCGGCCAGGCGUUCGACCUGGCGUAUAAAAUGUUCCUGCAGUCUGGGGGAAAAGACGUGGAGUCGAGGAAACAGAUAGGAAACUUACAGAAGAGGAUUCAGGAUUUGGAGAUGGAAAACCUGAGACUGAAAAAGCAGCUUCAGCGUGUGGAGUCUCAGCUGAUCAGCACUCAGUCAUCAGCGCUGCUGCUGCAUGUUAACUCCUCGUCCGAUGCUCACGUGUCCUCCUCCACUCUGUCCUGCGGUACCGAUGACGUCUCUUCACUCUCGUCUCUUGAGAUUUCGUCUGUCACACUAACGCCUUUCAGUUCACCCGAUUCCGGCCAAUCAGGAAACUCGCUGACCCCGCCUCCUGCUAAACCCGCCCACUUUCAGCCACCCAAUGUGUUUACUGUUCCACAGCCUCGUGCUGGUAGCAUCCCGGUGAAAGACACCUCGACAGACGUGUUCGACAUGGUACCGUUUACACCCGGAUCUUCCACACCGAGGAUACAGGCGUGUAACAGUAAUCAGAGUUUUUCUAUGCCGUCUCCUGAAAACAGAGGUACGGAUCUGUUUGGAGCCGUGCCCUUUGACCCCUUCACCUGUGGCUUUGCAGACUUCCCUCCAGACAUCCAGUCGAAACUUGAUGAGAUACAGGAGGGGUUCAAAAUGGGUCUGACUCUAGAGGGCGCCAUUUUCUCCCCGGGUCCAGUGGACAGUCGAUGCUGAAAUCAAACAUGGAUUGUUUUGGCGUCAAAACGUCUGAGCAGAGCAGAAAUAUUUCGAGCUACGUUCUGCCUCGAAGGACAAAAGUGAACGAGUUGUACAGAUUCAUUGUAUUUUUAUAUUGUAAAAAAGUAUGUAUGUUGAGAAUGUCGUUUUAGUUAUCACUGAUAUAUCUGAAAGUCAACACGCAUUCACACGCAAUAUUUUUCUGGCUGUAUAAAUGUUUUUGUUUAUUUUAGAUGUAUUUUUCCCCCCUCAUCAUUUUUCCUCAGUAAUCCUUGUAUUGUGUGCUCUGGUUUUUUUAGACUUACAGCUCGUCCUCCAUUUCCACUGUGCAUCCUGCAUUCAUGUAGAACAUCUAAUACUUGCUUUAUGACAUUUAAUACGAUUCAGUACGGUAAAUAAAGUCCUAAAAACUAUA